AAAAAGCAACAAUCAAAAUGGCUUGCGAGGUGUGCGAACAUUGCAACUCCCCUGUGCGACCAGGCGAAGGAUCCGUACUGGAAGGGUUCAGUUAUCACGACGGCUGCAAGAAAUGUUAUGUUUGCAGCGAAACAGAUUUACACAACGCGGAAGUUUUCAAGGGCGUUAUAUUUUGCUCCGGAUGUUCCAGACGCAUCUUCAAGGGUUGUUCCACAGCGCGCAAGGUUAAGACCGGGAACAGGCGACGCAGGCGGAGACCGCGUUAUCGACGUGGGGAUGAGAAUAGAGUCAUCGAACUCGCUAGAUUAAACUCGUUAGUCAGUGACAGCAAUUCGGAAUCGUCAAAGUUAAGCAAACAACUGAGUGGUGUAACGAGGGUUCUGAGGGAAUCUCGCGUUAAAAUAAAAGAAGAUAACCUGAAGAAGGCCAGCGUUGACAUGGCAACGACGACGGAUGUGACGCAGGAAUUGUUGCAGAAUAUAUAUUCAUCUGUUGAUAGCGAUAACAAGAUGUUCGCGUCACCAGCCAAGCCGAGAAAAAUAAUUCGAAAUGAAAAGGAAAACAAAAACAAUUUGUACAGCGAUGUAAGAAUUGCAGAGCUCGGCGCUUCGAGGGAAAUGGCUCACGUCGCUCUGAGGAGACGAUCAGAAGUCCCGGUGAUCAUACAAUCUGAGUCAUGUCUCCGGCAAAUGAGGUCAAAAAAUAGAUCGUACACGACUCAAGAAUCGGAUACUUCUGGUGAUACCGAAUAUUCAAAGGGAAUCGUUAAUAAACACUGGAUGGACAGACGUUUUAGAAGCAUACUGAAACUACCAUACAAAAGUUUUACGAAGAACAUCUUAAAUCGGAGCUCCCUCGUCAAUUCUAUAUGCAGCGAGGAUGAAAAGAAAUGUACAUUGAGAAGAAUUAAAGGACUGUUUCGUCAGGAAAUCACGGAACAUCAGCGCCGAGGUCUCAAGAAGUUGUUCUCAACAAUAAAUAGUAAAAAAGUACCUUACAAAUUGGGUUGGUUGGGAGUAAUGGAAAACAUUCCAGAAAAUACUGGAUGUAAACACUUUCGGAACUCACAUAGUUAUAGAUGUAUGCGCAAUCAAGUCAUGAAAUCGGCUGGUCCAACUCAGAGCGAAUUGGCUGUAUUCAGAAAGAAAUUGAAGAAAUUUAUUUUCUUUGAUUUUCUCAAAAGUUUGCAUAAUUUCAAUAAGCAAUUUUUAUACAUGCUGGCGUCGCAAGCUUGUACACAAGAAUCGAUCAUUUGA